AUGAUCACGUCGCCCUCGGCGUCUGCCCUGAAAAAUAGUGAUAUUUGUGCAGCCUGGGAAAGCAGCAGUUCUCGGAAUAGCAGCUCAGCGAGCAUCAACAAGCCUUUUCUCCACUCCGCACCACCGUCUGAUCCACUACGGCAAGCAAACCGACUCCCCAUCAAGGUUUUGAAAAUGCUUACCGCACGAUCGGGACACAUUUUGCACCCGGAGUAUCUGCAGCCUUUGCCUUCUACCCCGGUCAGUCCCAUAGAGGUAAGAUUAAGACUUUUAAUGGCCGUGUAAAUCGGUAUACAAUGUUCUUGAAGCUAUUUUAAUUAACUGGUGCUUCGUGUCUGUGCGCUCUCAGAGCCGAUUCCAGUAGAAAGAAAAUCAGACUGUUCAGUCUAAAUGCCCUUUUGUUGGUUUAAUAAGUAAUGUUUAGUGAAAUACAUCGACAGUUCUUCUUAAAAUAAUCUAAAUUUAGUUUUGAUCACGUAAAAGCCGUGCGUAACUGAUACAUAUGCAUUUCCGUGUGUAAAUGUCAGUAAAUAUCCUCAUUCAAAGGCUCUUUUUCAUUGUUUAUUAUGAAAGUUUUGGAAGAAGGAAAUCAUUUUGAGUGUGAAAAGAAUUUAUCAACAUAUAUUUCGUCUUUUUGCAGUUAGAUGCCAAGAAAAGUCCGCUGGCUCUGCUGGCGCAGACCUGCUCCCAGAUCGGCAAACCGGACCCACCACCCUCCUCCAAAUUAUCCUCUGUGUCAACAAAUGGAUCUAAUGAAAAGGAAUCUAAAUCAGGUCCUUUGAAACUGAGCGACAUCGGUGUGGAUGACAAAUCUAGCUUCAAACCUUAUUCCAAACCCUCGGAUAAGAAGGACUCGUCUACGGGCGUCUCAAGCGGAGAGAAGUCUGGUUUCCGAGUGCCGAGCGCCACCUGCCAGCCGUUCACGCCGCGGACAGGCAGCCCCCACUCCAGCACUUCAGCGUCUCCCAUGCCAUCAGAGGGCAAGUGUGGAGACAGGGAUGACAAGAAAGAGUCUGAUUGUAACAAAAAUGGCACUACGGACGGCUCUGGCACCACGAGCCACAGCAGGAUAAGCGUGAGCUGUGGUGGAAUUAACGUGGAGGUGAACCAGCACCAGGAGACGACGCCUGGCACUAAAACCAGCUCCUCCUCGGACUCUCCCUCUGUAACUUCUGUUUCAUCCGCAUCCGUGCUCGGGUCAGGACUUGUGGCGCCGGUUUCUCCUUACAAACCCGGACAGACAGUUUUUCCUUUGCCUCCUGCUGGCAUGACGUACCCAGGUAGCUUGGCUGGGGCCUAUGCGGGUUACCCACAACACUUCCUGCCCCACGGAGGGAGCUUGGUAAACGCACAGCUGGCUAGCUCUCUGGGCUGCAGUAAGGCUGGAUCCAGCCCUCUGGCAGGGGCCUCUCCACCGUCCAUCAUGUCAGCCAGCCUGUGCAGAGACCCUUACUGCCUCAGUUACCAUUGUGCCAGUCACUUAGCGGGGGCAGCCAGCGCUUCCUGCACGCACGAUUCAGCAGCUGCAGCUGCCGCUAACGCCCUCAAAUCCAGCUACCCACUAAUGUACCCCACACACCCCAUACACGGCGUCCACUCCACGGCGCCAUCAUUUAGCGGACACCCUCUGUACCCUUACGGUUUCAUGCUCCCAAACGACCCCCUCCCUCAUGUUUGUAACUGGGUGUCAGCAAAUGGACCGUGUGACAAGCGUUUCUCCACCUCAGAAGAGCUCCUGAAUCACCUGAGGACACACACUGCUUUUACCGGGGCGGAGAAGUUGAUAUCUGGUUAUCCCGGGUCUUCUUCACUGGCCAGCGCUGCUGCAGCAGCCAUGGCCUGCCAUAUGCACAUGCCACCGUCAGGAGCCCCCGGGAGUCCCGGAACUUUGGCUCUCAGGAGCCCGCAUCACGCGUUAGGACUCAGCAGCCGCUACCACCCCUACUCAAAAAGCCCCCUGCCGACCCCCGGGGCCCCUGUCCCCGUUCCUGCCGCCACCGGCCCGUACUACUCCCCUUAUGCACUGUACGGCCAGAGACUCACCACAGCGUCAGCGCUUGGAUACCAGUGA